CUGCGGUCUAAAUUAAGAAGCUCUGUAACCUUGCAGGGGUAUGUUGUUCUGUGAAGCACAGAUGUACCUACCGUUUCAAAAAAUGAAAAUGAUUUAUUUGAUUUUGUUUUUAAUGAUAUUUGCUGCUGAGCGGACACCAGCAACAACAGAUUUGCCAACAACUACAACUACAGCCACAACUACAAGACUUGAACCAACUACAACACUUGCACCAGCUACAAAAACACCUGCACCAACUACAUCAACACCUGCACUAACUACAACACCUGAAACAACUACAAUACCUGCAUCAACUACAACAACACCCGAACCAACUACAACAACACAUGCACCAACUACAACACCUGCACCAACUACAACACCUGAAACAACUACAAUACCUGCAUCAACUACAACAACACCUGAACCAACUACAACAACACAUGCACCAACUACAACACCUGCACCAACUACAACACCUGAAACAACUACAAUACCUGCACCAACUACAACACUUGCACCAGCUACAAAAACACCUGCACCAACUACAUCAACACCUGCACUAACUACAACACCUGAAACAACUACAAUACCUGCAUCAACUACAACAACACCUGAACCAACUACAACAACACAUGCACCAACUACAACACCUGCACCAACUACAACACCUGAAACAACUACAAUACCUGCAUCAACUACAACAACACCUGAACCAACUACAACAACACAUGCACCAACUACAACACCUGCACCAACUACAACACCUGAAACAACUACAAUACCUGCACCAACUACAACAACACCUGAACCAACUACAACAACACAUGCACCAACUACAACACCUGCACCAACUACAACACCUGCACCAACUACAAUACCUGCAUCAACUACAACAACACCUGAACCAACUACAUCAACACCUGCACCAACUAGAACACCUGCACCAACUGUAACACCACCUGAACCAACUACAACAACACAUGCACCAACUACAACACCUGCACCAACUACAACACCUGCACCAACUACAACACCUGAAACAACUACAAUACCUGCAUCAACUACAACAACACCUGAACCAACUACAUCAACACCUGCACCAACUAGAACACCUGAACCAACUGUAACACCACCUGAACCAACUACAACAGCAACAGCAACAACAGGGGAUGAACGGAUGUAUGAAUCGACUACUGCAGGGGACCGCGCCCCAUGCUGCUUGACCGGAUGGAGAUCGAUGUUGGUUCUGGCUGCGGAAGGAGGUGCUCACCCCGAAUUGCUUGGGGAGGAAGUCGGUUCUGGAGACGAGAGUGGGCCUGAUGUAGUUGCCAAUUUGAUUACCAGUACCAUCACCACAACAUCCAUAGCCCUUAGUUGGAGUGCACCAAAUGGCAAUGCCAUUGGCUACAGGGUUGAAGCAAUAGGCAAUCCAUCCAAAAAUCUCACAGUGAAAACUUUAUUCACUGACAUAACUGGACUGGUACCUGGUAGCAAUUACACACUGCGGGUUAUCACUCUGGCUGCAGAUAAUGUUACAGAAGGAGAUGCAGUGACAAUCUCAAGAUUCACAAGGCCUGAUGUAGUUGCCAAUUUGAUUACCAGUACCAUCACCACAACAUCCAUAGCCCUUAGUUGGAGUGCGCCAAAUGGCAAUGCCAUUGCCUACAGGGUUGAAGUUAUAGGCAAUCCAUCCAAAAAUCUCACAGUGAAAACUUUAUUCACUGAAAUAACUGGACUGGUACCUGGUAGCAAUUACACACUGCGGGUUAUCACUCUGGCUGCAGAUAAUGUUACAGAAGGAGAUGCAGUGACAAUCUCAAGAUUCACAAAGCCUGAUAGUGUUACCAACUUGACUGCUAAAACCAUCACCAGAACAUCCAUAACCCUCAGCUGGAGUGCACCCCCAGGAUAUGCACAUGAAUACAGGGUUGAAGCAAUAGGAACUCCAAGCAAAACUGUUACAGUGGACACUUUAUUCGCUAAUAUCACUGGGCUGCUCCCUCUUAGCAAUUACACCCUGCAGGUCAUCGCUGUGGCUGCAGAUAGGCUAACAGGAGGAGACGCAGUAGCAAUAGUGACAUUUACAAGUGGGCUGGAUGUUACUCUGAGAAUGCAAUUAUCUGUUUCUGCAUCAGCCAAAAAAGAGGAAAAGGAACUGGAAAGCAUGAUUUUACCAGAGAUAAAAAAGUAUAUUCAGCAGUAUCUUGUAGGCAACAGGUUUUAAUUUAACUUGGAAAGAACAAAGAAGAAAAAAUCCUUGAGCCACAACAAACAUUACGGCACUGGACAGUCUUCUCAGGAAAACCAUUACUUCACUAUCAGAAACCAGUGCCAAGAAAAUACACAUGGACAAUUCAUUUUUUUGAUCUCCUACUCUAUGUUUUCAAACUGUUCAUUUUCAUUUCUAUGUUUAAUAUAAUAAUAUAAUUUCUCACUGGUAAACGGACUGGCCCUGAUCCUUUCUCAUUGGUAAACGGACUGGCCCUGAUCCUUUCUCAUUGGUAAACGGACUGGCCCUGAUCCUUUCUCAUUGGUAAAUGGACUAGCCCUGAUCCUUUCUCAUUGGUAAACGGACUGGCCCUGAUCCUUUCUCAUUGGUAAACGGACUGGCCCUGAUCCUUUCACAUGUGUUUGGAAUUGUACUCAUGUUUAUGUUUGUUAGGGACAGAGGGUGGAUGACAAUGAAAUAAGAAGGGGGUCUUGUCUCCCACCCUGUUUUUAUAUCUGUAUGUUUUAGUGGUUUAUUCUGUUUUUAUUUAAUUCCACUGUUCUUAUAUAGUCUUUCAUAUUUGUUAAUCUGUUUAUUUGUGGGACAGGAUUGUGAAUACUGAAGAUCUCUCUCUAUCACUGACACUAGUUUAUUAUUAUUAUUAUUAUUAUUAUUGUUACUGUUUUUAAUGUGGUUUCUAAUUAAACAUUAUAUCUGUG